CGGACUGGGACCCGGAGGAGAGAUCUGCAGCCUGGUUCUGCAUGGGCGGGGGGUGAGGGGAGGCCGCAGAACUGCGUGGGCAUCAUACCCAAGGGGCGAGGCGGAGUCAAGGGGUCCGGAGGAGCCGCUGCCGCACACACUUCAACGCUCCUCCGCCCCAGCUCCGCGCCGGGUCCUCUCCGCUCCCCAGGCCCCGCCAGGGAGGACGCGCGCUGGCGGGCUGGCCUCCGAGCACUGCGCCCGCAGGGGCUGCGGAGCCGCGGCAUGGAGGAGCAGCUACCUUGGGAGACCGAUGGCCUGCUUCCUCUGGAGAGGCAGCUCCAUGAGGCCACGCACCGGAACAACAUCAGGAGCAUGAAGGAGCUGAUUGGGAGGAGAGUCAACGUCAGAGCCAGAAACCACGUGGGCAGGGUGGCCCUGCACUGGGCCGCAGGUGCAGGGCACGAGCAGGCUGUGCGGCUGCUCCUGGAGCACGGGGCUGCUGUGGACGAUGAGGAUGUGUUUGGGAUGAACGCGCUUCUCCUGUCUGCCUGGUUCGGCCACUUGCGGAUUCUUCAGCUCCUGGUUAACUCUGGAGCCAAGAUCCACUGUGAGAACAAGGAUGGCCUGACCUUACUGCACUGCGCAGCCCAGAAAGGCCACGUGCUGAUUCUGGCGUUCAUAAUGGAAGACCUGGAGGAUGUGGCCUUGGACCGUGCUGACAAGCUGGGAAGGACGGCAUUUCUCCGGGCAGCUGAGCAUGGGCAGCUGGAUGCUCUGGACUUCCUCGUGGGCUCGGGCUGUGACCACAGUGUCAAAGACAAGGAGGGGAACACAGCCCUUCAUCUGGCAGCUGGCCGGGGCCACCUGGCUGUGUUACAGCGACUCAUGGACAUCAGGCUGGACUUAGAGGAGCGGAAUGUGGAAGGUCUGACCGCCCUGCACGCGGCUGCUGAAGGGAUCCACCCCAACUGUGUGCAGCUCCUCCUGGGGGCUGGGAGCAACGUGAAUGCCCUCACCCAGAAGGAGCAGAGCUGCCUCCACUAUGCAGCCCUUGGUGGCUCUGAGGACAUGGCCCGGGCCCUCAUCCAUGCAGGAGGCUGCACCAACGUGGCUGAUCAUCAGGGUGCCUCUCCAAUUCACCUGGCUGUGAAACACAACUUCCCUGCCCUGGUCCAGCUCCUCAUCGAUGCCAACAGUGACCUGGAUGCCAUCGACAAUAGGCAGCAGACACCGCUCCACCUUGCUGCAGAGCACGCCUGGCAGGACAUAGCAGAGAUGCUCCUGGUCGUGGGGGUUAACUUAAAGCUGAGAGAUAAGCAAGGAAAAACCGCCCUGGCAGUGGCCGCCCGCAGCAACCACACCAGCCUGGUGGACAUGAUCAUAAAAGCGGAUCGUUUCUACAGAUGGGAGAAGGACCACCUCACCUGCAGGGACCCUAGUGACCCAUCUGCGAAAAACUUGACCUUUAAGCAGGACCAUCAGCAGGAAACACAGCAGCUGCGCUCUGUGCUGUGGCGACUGGCUUCCAAAUACCUACGGCCCCACGAGUGGAAGAAGCUUGCAUAUUGCUGGGAGUUCACUGAGGCCCACAUCCAGGCCAUCGAGCAACAGUGGACAGGCACCAAGAGCUACCAGGAGCAUGGCCACCGGAUGCUGCUCAUCUGGCUGCACGGUGUGGUCACGAAGGGUGAGAACCCCAGCAAAGCGCUCUUCGAGGGCCUCGUAGCCAUUGGCAGGAGGGACCUGGCUGAAAGCAUCAGGAAGAAAGCAAAUGCCGACCUGAGUGCCCCCAGGAGGUGCACAGCCAUGUAACCGGAGGCGCUGGACCUUCAGGAGCGUGGGACCUUAGAGCGCGGGCACCAAACAAAAGAUGACCACCAUUAAGGGCUUUAAAAAAAAAAAUCACUGUUAACAGACCUCCAGCUGCUUCUACUGAAACACAUAGUCAUGCAGGCCUAGAAAGGCAAAUGCAGGAGCCUGUCUCAGGUUUUAUAGGGAAUCCCUUCCCACAGAUGUGGUCCUUCACAUCUCUCAGCUCACUUUCAUCUCCGUCAUCUCAGAGCCUCACCACAGUUCUCUGAGGUACAAGGGGCAUCUUUUCAGAGAGGACAUGGGCUCAGGGUGGAUAAGAAGCUAAUUAAGUGGUGAGAUCAGGUGCCAAAGCCAGCAUCCGUCUCCCCUACCUGGUGAAGGGCUCCAUCCAUCACUUACAAAAUGGACCGUCCUUAACUCAGUCACUGGCUUUUAGGAAUGCUACUUACACCACAGCUGUGACUGCUCCCAGGUUGAUUUGUACACUUGGACAGUUCCAGGAGGCACACACUCUGAUUUUUCCCUCCUGUUUUAUCGUUGUUUGAAGUUUUAAAACUUUUUAUUUUGAAAUCAUUUCAGACUGACAAAAAAGUUGCAGAAAUAAUACAAAGAAUUUCCAAACAGUUCUCACAAUACAGCUUCCCCAAAGAUUCACAUCUUACAUAACCAUAGUAUACUUUCCAACACCAGGAAAUGAACAUUGAUACAAUACUAUUAGCUUAUCUUUAGAUCUUAUUCAAUUUUUAAAAUUUCAGCCAUUCAUGUCCUUUUUCCAGACAAGAAUUCAGCCCAGGAUCACACCUUGCAUUUAGUUGUCAUUCUUCUCCUUUUUAAUAGCACCAUACAAAGGCUUGGCACUAGCCCCCAGAACUUUCUGGGACGGUGGGGCUGAUCUGGAUCUGUGCUACAAAUGUGUUUGCCACUAGCCACCUGUAGCUCCUGAAUACCUGAAACGUGGCUAGUGGGACCAAGAAACUGAGUUUUACAUUUUAUUUAAUUUUAAUGAUUGGAAAUUUAAACAGGCACCUGUGGCAAGUGGCAACCGCAUUGGACAGCACAGCUGAUCGGGAGUUUUGCCUUUAAUUCAGGUGCCAGGCAAGCACAGAGCACUGCAUGGUUCAGCCAAACCAGUAGGAGAGUGUGGUUCCAGAGAAAUGUGACUCUGCAAGUUUCACAGUAUCACAGCGUGUAGAGAAUUAUCUGUGCAAGAAGCCUAGAAGUUCUGUCUGAAAGCUGUUUCUGUCUAAUUUGAGCUCUCUUGCAUGUGGCACAGUUGGCUGUGGCCCGUUGAGGAGCCCACAUCUUAGAAAAUCUCCCACAAAGUUACCCAUUGGGCGUGAGCCCUGGGAAGGAGAUAGAAUAAAAAUCAUUUGAGCUGAAAGAGGAUUCAGCGAUCACACCUGGAUGAUGGCAGUUCAAAUGGUACAAUCCUCCGAAAGGCAAUUUCACGGUAUCUACCAAAAUUACAAAUACAUUUUUACCCACUGAGCCAACACUCCCCCAUCUAGGAAUUUAUCCUACAGAUCAACCUGUAAACAUUAUACCAACGCUAAUGCAAGUCAAUACAGGGAAACUGUGCCGUGGAGAGGAGUAUAUAGGAACUCUGUGCUAUAUGUUGUAUUUUUAAACUAAAAAAAAAAAAAGUCUUAAUAAAAAGAACCCUAAAAUUUAUGAAAAGAAAGAAAAAGAGGCUUUGAAACCAGCCCAUUUUAUCGUCAGGUGGUCUGGGAGGUGGGCCUUGCCGGGGGUCUCACAGGCUUUGGAUUCAGACGCCAGCACAGCACGCAGCCUCCAUACCGCGUGGCGCCCUCCCUCUGCAUGUGCUGUGUGGAGGUGGAAAACGCCUCUUCCAUUUGUGAAAGUUUUUUUUUUUUUCCACACAGGACUUAGAUCAUUCCUCUGGAUGAAUUUUGCACAAUGAAUUUUGUAUGUUUUUUCAAGACAAAGCAAGUUCUUAAAAUAAAAUUGAAAUGUUGAAAUAGCUGUCAAAUUCAA